UUUUCAUUCCGAGUUCGAGGUUAUAAGUAGCGGCGAGGUUGUUUUAUUGUUUAUUUUUUUAUUGUUGUACUCAUCACUGACAAAUACCACGAAGUAUCGGUUAGAAUUUCGAACUAACUUUGUAUUGUAAUUUUAGUUCAAGGUUGCCAAAAUGCCAUUCGAUCAGAGAAGAAUAAAUGGCCCAGAAUUCACAGUUCCAUAUUGCAUUCACGUGGAUUUAAAUGAAAAGCCGGUAAAAUCUUCGAUAAAAAAUUCAUUAAAAAAUAGAGCAGAUUCAAGAAAACACAUAGAAUCUAGAAAAAUGUAUUUACAACUGGGGAUUGUAAGUCAUGCAAAAGGUUCGGCAUACAUAGAGAUGGGACAAACAAAAGUCAUUUGCUCAGUUUUCGAUCCAAGAGAAAUCCCUAACAAAUCAAAUUACACCAUGCAGGGUGAACUAUUUUGCGAAUUUAAAUUUGCAUCGUUUGCAUCCAAAAGAAGAAAAGGACAUUCGCAAGAUGCAGAGGAAAAGCAAUACAGUUUAAUAAUGCAAAGAGCUCUAGAACCAGCUGUUUGCAGACACGAAUUCCCUAAUUUUCAAGUAGAUGUUUAUGCUUUAGUAUUGGAUAAUGGUGGAUCAGCAUUAAGCACUGCAAUUAUGGCUGCAAGUUUGGCUUUAGCCAAUGCAAGCGUCCCAAUGUUUGGAAUAGUAACAGCAGUAACUGCAGGUAUAUACGAUGACCUGUUACUUUUAGAUCCAACAGAAACAGAAGAAGCACUUUGUAUGUCAUAUGUUAAAAAAAAGGCGCCAGCAAAUCAUGGUGUAAUAAUGCAAGCCAUGCUGUCUCAACACGAUCAAAUAUCAGAAUUUUUUCUCGUUGGAAGUAUGGACGUUGAUUGUAUAAAUAAUUCUGUAGACAUCUUAAACAAGGCAGGAGCGGACAUUUAUCCUGUGCUGCAAGAUGCACUUGUAAAAUCAGUAACCAAAGUACUUAAAAAGAAAAAAGAAGAGAAAGAAUCUGAAUGAU